AUGAAAUCGCUUCUCUUUUCCCGGCACUCGUCCGACUCGCCCAUACCCUCGUCGACUGGCUCCCCGGCUUCCGCCGACUCCUGCCGCCCCGAGGCCCUCGCGACCUCCAAGCCCGCCGCAACUCCGCCCCAGCAGCGAGCCGGCAGAAGCGGCAGAAGUAGCCCGAGAUUCACCACCAAGCACGCCCUGUCCAAACCCGACGUCAGCGUCGUCGCAAAGUCGGCCUCGUCGUCGUCGUCCGACGUCGACGUCGCCAUGUCCAGGCGUGGCAGACCCAAGCGCGACUCCUCCACCACUCCCUCGCUCUCCAACCUGACCGAAGCCUCGGCCACCGUCACGCCCACCGGCCCUCUUCAGAUCCCCAAGCACGCCAACCGCGAGGCCAAGCGAGGCCAGCCAACGCACCGGAGGAGAUAUCCGCGACACGUCCACUCGACCGAGUCCAUGCACCCCUCGCUCGCCGCCCUGCUGGCCCUCACCGACAUCCCCCGUCACAAGCGCCGCCUCCGCUCCCCCGACCGGCCGCUCAUCAUCGACGACACUAUCGUCGACGACCACCAAGUCUCGGAGAAGGAGUUGAGUCUAACGCUCGGCCGCGGCGGGCCCCUCGACCUCCUGCUCUCGCCUCCCCAAGAUGUCGCCGACGACGUCGACCACGUCGGCCGACUCCAUACCCUCCCUGGGCGGUGA